CAACCCAAGGCGAAAGUCAAGAAAGGAGGAUGUCAACAAUCAUAAAGUGUCAACUAUCUUUAUAUUAACUUUCAUUUUUCCAAUUGGACUUCAGUCGACUCAAAGUUAAAUCAGAUUGGACUGCAAAUCUGAAUCGACAAGGCUUAUGUGGAAUGUCGUGACCUACAAUUGCAAAAGGAAGUUAAUAACUGUGUUACCCAGUGGUGCUGACAAAUGAAGACAUCAUCAAUGCUGACUCACCACAGGAUUAACAGGUGCCACGCUACUGUUGGCUCCAAUUGACAGCAAACUUUCUCAUCCUUUGAAGACUAUUUUCAGUAUUAAAUCCUGGCGUUGCUGGCAGGAUUAUCCGGCUAUCUCAAUUUACUAAAUCUGGGUCAUUCAACAUUUUCACGGAUUUUCAACAUGAGACUUUAUUCGAUGUUGUCUGGACAUAGAUAAGUGAUACAAUGGUGGUAACGCGUUUGGAGUUGGAGUUACGGUACCAGGGGGAGAAGCUGAGAGGCGUCACAUGGAAGUUGACUCGAUCAGAGUAUGGGUUCCUUCCAGAGAGUCCCUGGCUGAUCGCGGCACAGGUCACGGUGCCCCUGCUGGUGUCUGGGCUUGGGAUGGUCUCUGCUGGAAUCGUCAUGGAUCUUAUACAACAUUGGGAGGUAUUCAAGGUGAUCACUGAAGUGUUUAUUCUGGUACCAGCUCUGGUGGGGCUCAAGGGAAACUUGGAGAUGACCCUGGCUGCUCGCCUCUCCACUGCUGCAAACACAGGUCAAAUGGAUGAUCCAGACAAGCAGUGGCUAAUGGUGUACAGCAAUCUGGCUCUUAUACAGGUCCAGGCUACGGUGGUGGGUUUCCUGGCUGCUGUCGCUGCCAUUUGUUUAGGAGCCAUUUCCAGAGGAGGAGUGGAGCUGGACCAAGCAGCUGUCCUGUGCGCCAGCAGCAUCACCACUGCAUUUGUAGCAGCUCUCUCCUUAGGUCUGGUGAUGAUUGGAGUAAUCAUCGGUUCCAAGAAGGUGGGCAUCAACCCCGACAAUGUGGCCACGCCCAUCGCUGCCAGUCUGGGCGACCUCAUCACUCUGUCCCUGCUGGCCGGGGUCAGCAGCACGCUCUAUGAAUAUAUUGAUGUGUGGUACCUCUCUCCGCUGGUGUGUCUGGUGUUCCUGGCCCUGAUCCCUGUGUGGGUGCUGGUGGCCCGUCAGAGUCCUCAAAUCAGAGAGGUGCUGAAGUCUGGGUGGCAGCCUGUUUUAGUAGCCAUGUCUAUUAGCAGUUUUGGAGGCCUUAUACUUGACAAGACUGUCAGCGAUCCAAACUUUGAGGGAAUGGCUGUCUUCACACCGGUUAUAAACGGGGUCGGAGGUAAUCUGGUGGCGAUCCAGGCCAGUAGGAUAUCCACGUAUCUACACUUCUGGAGCAUCCCUGGUGUGCUGCCAUAUCAGAUGAGGCAACACUGGCCCAACCCUUUCAUCACAUUCUUUUCCUCAGGGUUGAACUCAAAGUCUGCGCGGGUGCUGCUGAUGCUGGUGGUCCCGGGGCACCUGGUCUUUCUCUAUGCCAUCUCUCUGCUGCAAGGUGAUGAAGCACCCAUCUCUCUGGCCUUCGUCAUCUGCUACCUGUGUGCUGCUCUCCUCCAGGUGAGCAUCCUCCUGUACGUGGCAGACCUGAUCGUGCGCAUGAUGUGGAGGCGCAGUCUGGACCCUGAUAACUUCUCCAUCCCGUACCUGACCGCUCUGGGGGACCUGCUGGGCACUGGCUUCUUGGCCCUGUGCUUCCACGGCGUGUCCCUCAUGCACAGCCUCGGCCUCUGAACACAAACAACAGUAUUAUUCACACCGCACAGAGAUGGACUGCACAAUGUUCUGUUCCUAUUCACUGGGCCAGUACACUCAACCGUAAAGUGUAGCGUUUUAAUCUGAAUUCAAGACAUUGCACGUACAUCAAUACAUCUCCAGAUCUAUUUGUUGAGAAUGUAAGCCUGGAGUCAUUCCUUGUCAUCACCCAUAAUCCAACAUCAGUUUUUAGCCAACUAUAGCAUUCUACCUAGCAUCUGGAAUCAUUCUGAGGCGAGCUGUCACAAUUUAUGUUUUAGACUUAUUUUUGUCUUUGCGGAAAAGUAGAAAUGUGAUGUUUUGUGAAUUAUGUGUUCAGGCAAUAGCUAGACCAUGACAAAGCUAAUUAUUACUUGAUGACUGGAAUGAAUUUAACUCAGUAGCAAAUAUUUGAAAUUUAAGAUUGUCCAGAAUCAAAACAUCUUACUAUUAGUGGGUAUGGCGGUGUCUAGCUAAUUCAACCUAAUAAUUGGUGUAUGUUAACAUGUGUCUUCUCCACUGGCACACACAGUGAAGUGUUUUGUCUAGCAGGUGGUAAAAUUACAGCUUGUAGCUAUUGAAAAAAAAUAACUGAAUUUGAAAUUGCACUAGUGCUGUUUGUGCAAUUUAGUAUGUUUGUGGACUAUGACUGUGAUCAUUUUGGUGAAGCAAUAAUCUGCACAGUGACGUUACCACAUAAACUGUACGACAUGGAUCACCUCAAUCCACUUCAAAGCAUUUAAAGCUGCACUGCGUAGCAUUUCUAGUGGAGGGUACAUGACCCGCUUGUCUCCAUGGAAAUAACGCUUUGUCUAGAACCUGCUUGUUCAGUAGGGCUGAACAAUCUUAUUGUUUUGGACCGAAAAUUGCGACCUCAGACAACAUAAUUUUGGCAGUAUCGAAGCCGCAUUUUUUUGCAGUGCUCCUAAAGCCCAAUUUUAAGAGCGAAGUUUAGUUCUACGUCGAUUCAACGCACAAUGCCGCUGUCGCCUUGUCGCUGUCGUCUUUUAUUUAUGGAUCUGCGUCGAGGUCUAUGCGCCGCGAAGUAAUUCACUACCACAACGCAAGGAGGCUAGGAUUUAAACCUGCUGUUCAUGUAAAGUUUCACAUGAACUAUCUCCAACGCGAUAGAAGCACAGAACAGACUCACCAUCAGCAGCACAUCCUCUGUCACAGGAAGAACACUCAUAUUCCACUGAGUCAUGUCCUUUAGUCUGACAGAAGCUGACGCAUCAGGGCACAAGGAGCGAGCUGUUUUUUUUUUCUUCAGUGCUUAUAGUUUAUGCAAAUGAGCCGUGUGGUUUUAAGGUUCAUUUCUGUUAAACGUAAACAAAUGUGCGCAAAAGGUCCAACAUCAAAUCAUCGGACUCUGGUAUGAUGUAAGUUUCUGUGAUUUUUGCAAAUGUUCAUGUGCAUUAAAACUUAAUGGAUGAAAUCGAAAUCGCAAUAUCUGUGAGAAAAAUCUUUUUUUUUUAAAAUUUUUUUUUAUUAAAAUCGUUCAGCCCUAUUCCACAGUAUAGAUUACACCUAUCUAUCACUAGGGAGACAAACAGGUUACAGCACUACGCUACAUUACAAUUCAGAUCUGUGGAGAGGCGCCCCCUAUUCACAGAAGGAACUAUUGUAUUUUUGAGCAAUAGAAACACCCGUGAUAAUAAAUUUUAGAUGGAUAUGUUGAGUGUUUUACCACGAAACAUUCCAGGCAAAGCACUAACAUCCUCAUGGAGACAAGUAGGUAGCGGAUUCUCCACCAGAAAAGUUGCACUGUGCUGUUUAAAAUUUGAAAUACAUCUUUGUUUCUCAGGCAUUGACAAUACUGUGAUCUGUUUUUUUUUGUUAUUGAGUUGCAUUACUUGACUAAACAGGACCCAGCCUUACUGUUCAUUCAGCUACAAUAUCUGCACCAUAAAGCCUCAUCUACUCAUUCGAGAUUGUUACAUAUUUGACUGUAUCAUUAACAGUUGCUGGAGCUUUUGUUUUUGCACUUUGGUUUGAAUGGUCAUUUUUCAUAUUUCCUUUCAGUUAAUGCUUUUGACACUCUGCUUCUUACAAAUUUUCUUACAAUCAGGCCUGUCACGAUAACAAAUUAUGAAGUGGGAUAUAUUUCUGAGGUAAAUAUAGACGAUAAACGAUAAUACUGAAACGAAUCUAUGCCACUGACACGAAAAUCCAAGACCAGAUUUAAACCACAAAUAUUCAAAAUCUACAAUAUUGUUCAAACAUAUCACAAACUGCAACAAAUAAACAGCAGAAUGAGACACUUUUAGUACUUAGUUUGCAUGAGUAACCUGCUUGUUUCUAUGGAUAUGUCAUGUUUCUGCUUAGAAUGUUCCACACUAUGACAUUAAACAUUUCUACUUUACAUUUAUUCAAUUACAGGGGGUUUUAUAGCUCAAAAAUACCUACAAAAACAGGCAUUGUGACUGUGAGCGGGGUUGCCUCUCCACAGAUCUGACCUGUAACUUGGUCUGACUUGGUCUACAUGAAAGUAGAAAGGUUUAAUGCCAUACUGUGAAACAUUCCAGACACAGCAAUAACAUUUCAAUGAAGAAAAAACAUUUGCUGGACCCUCCACCAGAAAAGUUACACAAUGCACCUUUAAAUCUUAUAGUACAGCCAGAAAAUAGCUCAAAAUUUCCCAGUGGUGCAAAGAAAAUGAACACACGAUAAAUUCUGACCCCAAAAAUAUUGUUCCAGCUUUCAUAUACUGAAUGAUAAGUUGAUAUAGUAUUUAUCGUGACAGGCCUAGGUACAACCCUAAGACUAAAUGUCAUGUAUGUGAUUCUGUGUUUAUGUCCUUACAGACUCAUCUCACUUCAAGCUUUGUUUUAAAAUAUGAAGUUUAGGCAUUUCUAUUGUCCUUCACUGCCAUUUGAGUCUGCCAUACAGUGUCCUGCUCUUGUUGCAGGUUAAGAGAGCUUCCACAAUGAUGUAAAAACUAAUGUAAGUGCUAAUUAUGUGUGGUCUCUCAAUGUUUGGUAUACUGUCAUUCUGUGUUUGUGGCAUCAAAUAAUAUUUUAUUAAAAAC